CCGAGCGCGCCAUGGAGGCGGCGGCGGGCGGCCGCGGCGGCUUCCAGCCGCACCCGGGGCUGCAGAAGACGCUGGAGCAGUUCCAUCUGAGCUCCAUGAGCUCCCUGGGCGGCCCGGCCGCCUUCUCGGCGCGCUGGGCGCAGGAGGCCUACAAGAAGGAGAGCGCCAAGGAGGCGGGCGCGGCCGCGGUGCCGGCGCCGGUGCCCGCGGCCGCCGAGCCGCCGCCCGUGCUGCACCUGCCCGCCAUCCAGCCGCCGCCGCCCGUGCUGCCCGGGCCCUUCUUCAUGCCGUCCGACCGCUCCACCGAGCGCUGCGAGACCGUGCUGGAGGGCGAGACCAUCUCGUGCUUCGUGGUGGGCGGCGAGAAGCGCCUGUGCCUGCCGCAGAUCCUCAACUCGGUGCUGCGCGACUUCUCCCUGCAGCAGAUCAACUCGGUGUGCGACGAGCUGCACAUCUACUGCUCGCGCUGCACGGCCGACCAGCUGGAGAUCCUGAAAGUCAUGGGCAUCCUGCCGUUCUCCGCGCCCUCGUGCGGGCUCAUCACCAAGACGGACGCCGAGCGGCUGUGCAACGCGCUGCUCUACGGGGGCGCCUACCCGCCGCCCUGCAGGAAGGAGCUGGCGGCCGGCCUGGCGCUGGGCCUGGAGCUGAGCGAGCACAGCGUGCGCGUGUACCACGAGUGCUUCGGCAAGUGCAAGGGGCUGCUGGUGCCCGAGCUGUACAGCAGCCCCAGCGCCGCCUGCAUCCAGUGCCUGGACUGCCGCCUCAUGUACCCCCCGCACAAGUUCGUGGUGCACUCGCACAAGGCCCUGGAGAACCGGACCUGCCACUGGGGCUUCGACUCGGCCAACUGGCGGGCCUACAUCCUGCUGAGCCAGGACUACACGGGCAAGGAGGAGCAGGCGCGGCUCGGCCGCUGCUUGGACGACGUGAAGGAGAAGUUCGACUAUGGCAACAAGUACAAGCGGCGGGUGCCCCGGGUCUCCGAGCCUCCGGCCUCCGUAAGACCCAAAACAGAUGACUCCUCUUCCCAGUCUCCUGCGUCUUCCGAGAAGGACAAGCCGUCCAGCUGGCUGCGGGCCCUGCCCGGCUCUUCCAGCAAGAGCCUCAGCUGUGUCCACCCUCGCCAGCGUCUCUCUGCGUUCCGACCCUGGUCCCCUGCAGUUUCAACUGAAAAAGAGCUCUCCCCCCACCUCCCAGCCCUGAUCCGAGACAGCUUCUACUCCUACAAGAGCUUCGAGACGGCCGUGGCCCCCAACGUGGCCCUCGCACCGCCGGCCCAGAAGGUUGUGAGCAGCCCACCAUGUGCCACUGUCGUGUCCCGGGUGCCGGAGCCUCUCGCCACGUGCGUCCAGCCGCGGAAGCGGAAGCUGGCGGGGGACACCCCUGGAGCCCCAGAGAUGCCGGCGCCCAGCGCCGCCCCGGAGGAGGACAAGGACUCGGAGGCCGAGGUGGAGGUGGAGAGCAGAGAGGAAUUCACCUCCUCCCCGUCCUUUGCCUCGUCCAGCUCCGCCAAGGACCUGAGCUCCCCGGGCGUGCGCGCCCCGCCCCCGGCCGCCCCAGACGCUGUGGCCCACGCCGACGCCCCGAGCGGGCUGGAGGCGGAGCUGGAGCACUUGCGGCAGGCGCUGGAGGGCGGCCUGGACACCAAGGAAGCCAAAGAGAAGUUCCUGCACGAGGUGGUCAAGAUGCGGGUGAAGCAGGAGGAGAAGCUCAGUGCGGCCCUGCAGGCCCGGCGCAGCCUGCACCAGGAGCUGGAGUUCCUGCGCGUGGCCAAGAAGGAGAAGCUACGGGAGGCCACGGAAGCCAAGCGCAGCCUGCGCAAGGAGAUCGAGCGCCUGCGCGCGGAGAACGAGAGGAAGAUGAAGGAGGCCAACGAGUCGCGGCUGCGCCUCAAGCGGGAGCUGGAGCAGGCGCGCCAAGCGCGGGUGUGCGACCAGGGCUGCGAGGCCGGCCGCCUGCGCGCCAAGUACUCGGCCCAGAUCGAGGACCUGCAGGUGAAGCUGCAGCACGCCGAGGCUGACCGGGAGCAGCUGCGGGCCGACCUGCUGCGGGAGCGCGAGGCGCGGGAGCACCUGGAGAAGGUGGUGAAGGGGCUGCAGGAGCAGCUGUGGCCCCGGCCCGAGCGCCCGGGCGGCGAGGGCGCCGCUGAGCUGGAGCCCUAGCCACCCCGCCGCGGCCGAGCGGCCCUGACCUGCACCCGGCGGCGCGGCGCCCACACCACGUCUUACUGUGCCUACUCCGCGAGUGUCUGCAGCCACACUGAGUCCACGGCAGGAUGUGCUGCCCAGGCCGGAGCGAGCGGGGACGCGCGCACGCCGGCGGCUCGUGGCUGGCCCUCCGCUUGCUGGAACAGUCAACAUGUACACUUUUGUUAUAAGCUAUUUAAACCAAGAAGGAGACUUGAUGUUCAGAAAAUCAACCUUUUUUAAUGACUGCUUUUCAAAGCCCCAGCACGUGCCGCCGCCGCCGGGGAAGCCAUCCGCUCAUCUGUGCCCGCGGCCGCCGCGGCCGCCAGAGGUUUCUUCACAGUCUAUUUUUUCAGCGACCGGGACCCGCGUCUCCCUGCCGCCCCCGGCAAGGGCAGAGAGAGCGCCGCGUGCAAGAUGAGCCCACCCUGCCCGCCUUACCACUGCCCGCCGCCACCAGGAAGGGCAGAGCCAUGCAGGGGCCGUCCGCCGCCCUCGGGGUCGGGGACAGCCCCGGCCCCGGCCCCCGGCCGUCCUCGGCUCCCCCAGGUGCUGGCCUGCGUGGGCCGGAGGCGUGGCCGGGCGCCCCUGCCCCCGCUCGGCCAACACCGCUUCCUUGAUUUGGGGACUAAGGCUGCGGCGUGGGAACAAUACACAGCAUUACCCCCCCACCCCGUCCUCGUCGGAACCAGACACGGCAUUACCCCCCCGCCCCGUCCUCGUCGGAACCAGACACGGCAUUACCCCCCCGCCCCGUCCUCGUCGGAACCCGACACGGCAUUACCCCCCCAACCCGUCCUCGUCGGAACCAGACACGGCAUUACCCCCCCAACCCGUCGUCGGAACCAGACACGGCAUUACCCCCCCCAACCCGUCCUCGUCGGAACCAGACACGGCAUUACCCCGGUGCCCCCGGCCAGGUCGUCCGCCCGAGCGUCCGGGAGCCCUGCACUUCGGCCCCGCCCGCCCCCCUGCCGUCCCGGCCGUGCGCCGAGGUUUCUCCAGUCCUGGAGCAGUGCCAGCCCUAAGCGCUCCCGUGCUCAGAGCCCCUCUGGUGCUUGGUUGAACAAGGGAAUCACAAGAAAACGAAAAUGCAAAACUGAACUUCGGGGUCGCCCUGUGCCUUCCAGCGUCCUGUACAGCGAGUCCUGACCGCGGCGCCCCGCGCCCCCGUCUCCGUGGCGGUGGGAGCUGCCACGUGGAUGAGUUAGCGCAUUUAUUCCAGGUAGUCUUGUUUGCUCUCGACUGUUUAUGCAAAUCGUAGAAGGUGUCCCAGGAGACGAGGUGGCCGCCCACCCCGCGGCCUCGGUGUUUACUGAGUGCGGAAGAUCUCACGGCAAUUCUCUGCUUGAAUCCGUUACAGCGCCGGCGGCGGCCACGCCACAGCAAAGACCAGGACAGCCGGGCCGCGCCACCGUGCCGGCCCCAUGGGCGGCGGAGCGUCUGCAGGGUCAGCCCUCGGUUUACCGCGGGGUGCGGCGGCCGCCGACCCCCUCAAGUGCAAUGCAAAGUGGACAUGGUGUAUACGCAGCGUCGUGUGGACGUUGUCCUUGGCUUCUGUCGUCCGUUCGCAGUCCCGGGCUCUGUGUGCACGGGACGCCCCCGCCGUAGGAAGCUCCAGCACGGGCAUUAGCGCCGGCUCCGCCCGCACGCAGGACGCGCGCAGCCUUGUUCGCCAGAGUCGUGUUUUUCCGUCAUUUCUUCAAGGGAAACUUAGUGGUUUAGUUGGAGCAAAGCUUUAAUGUGUCGGCUUCCGCGUGGCUUCCGUGUCGCCAGGCCCGCCCCGGGGCCGCCCGUGUCUUCUGUCGGGCCCCCCUCGGGGCCACGGGCCGGGCCGGCUUCCUCCCCAGCGUCGGGUGGCGCCUCUGCCCCCAGAGCCCUCGCCUCCCACCCCUCCCUGCAGGGGGCGCCCGUGGGAGCCGGGCUGGGCUCCCUUCACCAGCAGCUCGCACUCGGGGCCCUGGCCUGGGUGGGGCGGCGCCUGGCCUGCGGCCGGCCCAGCUGCGAGGACAGGCCGCCGACUGUCCCGUGUAAAACCCGUCAUCCGACAGCGCGCAUUCAGCUUCAGUCUCCUGUUUCUAGCGAGGAGGUUCUUAACGAAGGGAAAACAGCAGCAAUAACCUUGACAUCGAGCAGCUACCCCUCCCCCGCAGACUUACAGACACCCCCCCCCCCCCCCCCGCGGACUUACAGACCCGCCCGGCGCCCUGUAUCAUGCGUGUACGUGGUGGUCCCUUCUCGCCUGGUAAUCGUCUCGUUUUCUGGGUUGUUUUUAACAAGAAAAACGCUCACGUGCGGGGGUCGGAUCCCCCGCCCCGGCCCGGCCGCGGGCUGUUUCUGUUCUUGCUUUAAGUCAGGAGUCACAAGUGACAUUUUUUUCAAUUAAGGAAAAAAAAAAAAAACAAAAAAGAAACCCCCGGGCCCUCGUAGCCACCUGUCCCCCGCACCGCCCCCGGACCUUUGCUGCUGCUAAUGACAAUACGAUGCUUACUCUGCUACUCGAAGACUAUUUUUAUGUCAUUAAUGUAUGCUUUCUUGUUUAUAAAUGCCUGAUUUAAACAGAA